UUAACAAAAUACCACAUAUUGAAAAAGUGAAACGAUUAUCAAAGAACAUUCAUAUUGAAAGAAAACCACUUUACAUUAAUAAAAGUUGUGACUUUUAUGAACGCAUCAUUAAUGGAUUGCGAUUUUUUCAAACAUAGAAUGAUAAAUAAGUUGGUAACAUUUUAAUAAACUCCUGUCACUGUUUGUCGCUUGACAGAAGUUAAAAAAUGGCGGCCCUUGGUAUGUGUGAAACACCCGGCUGCAAAUCUGUUGCACAAUUACAAUGUCCGACGUGCAUUAAACUUGGUAUACAGGGCUCGUUUUUCUGUAAUCAGGACUGCUUCAAGAAAUCUUGGAAGACUCAUAAAAUUAUUCACUCUUUGGCUAAGGGUGAAAGUACAGAUGGAUCUGGAGUGGAGUAUAACCCAUGGCCGUCGUUUAACUUCACUGGGAAGCUGAGGCCAUUCCCGUCGGGGCCGCGACGUACGGUGCCGCCGCACAUAGGCCGUCCUGACUAUGCGGACCAUCCGACGGGUUUCCCCGCUUCGGAGAACGUGGCUAAGGGUUCCGGACAGAUCAAAGUCCUCGAUGAUGAAGAGAUAGAAAGUAUGCGAGUCGCAAGCAGACUGGGAAGAGAGGUGUUGGAUGAGGCUGCCAGAGUAUGUGAUGUGGGAGUGACUACAGAUGAAAUAGACCGUGUAGUGCACGAAGCUUGUAUUGAGAGAGAGUGCUACCCCAGCCCUCUCAACUACCACAACUUCCCGAACAGUUGUUGCACAUCUGUUAAUGAAGUUAUCUGUCACGGAAUUCCUGAUUUACGUCCUUUAGAGGAUGGUGACAUCUGCAAUGUAGAUGUAACGGUAUACCACCGUGGUUUCCAUGGUGAUCUAAAUGAAACUUUCUUUGUUGGCAAUGUACCAGAAUCAACCAGGAAGCUUGUUCAAGUAACUUAUGAGUGUUUACAAAAAGCCAUUGAAAUUGUGAAGCCGGGAGAGAAAUAUAGGGAAAUUGGCAAUGUUAUACAGAAGCAUGCACAGGCUAAUGGUUUUAGUGUUGUGAGGUCUUACUGUGGACAUGGAAUACACAGACUGUUUCACACUACACCUAAUGUGCCUCAUUAUGCCAAAAAUAAAGCUAUAGGUGUCAUGAAACCUGGACACUGCUUUACAAUUGAGCCCAUGAUCAAUGAAGGUGGUUGGCGUGAUGAGCAAUGGCCUGACCACUGGACCGCAGUUACUGCUGAUGGAUCACGCUCUGCUCAGUUUGAACAAACCCUGCUGGUUACUGAGAAUGGGUGUGAUAUUCUCACCAAGCGCGGUACCGGCCGACCCUGGUUUAUGGACCAACUGGAGAAACUCACGAACAAAUCUUAGUGUCUUCUCCAUCUACACUAAGGUGAUAUUGUUAUUAUAAUAUAUAGUAGGCUACAAAAUUAUGCCUCUGAGGCAUGUCCGAAAAAAAAUAUACAUUUAAAAUUUUGAUAAUGAAUUUGGUUUUUCUUUUUUCAAAUAAAGACUGUGAGAUAUAAGGUUUUACUAA